AUGUCUCAAGCUUUAGCUCCUGAUACAAAAUCAAUUCCUCCAAAUACAGGAGUCAAGACUAAAAAAGUCUUAAGAAGAAAACAACAACCUCCAAAACCAAUUAAAAAAUAUGUUUGGUUAGGUGGUCAUGUUUCUACCUUAUUAUUUGGUUCAAUUUAUUUAGCUUUUUAUUUUGCAAGAUAUAUUUUAUGGAAAACUAAUUGGUAUUGGACUCCAAGAAUUGCAUAUCGUUUAAGUUUUAUUGGUGUUAUUGCUUCAUAUUCAAUUACUGUCUUGACUACUUUUGGUUCAAUUAUUCCAAAUUAUUAUACUUUAUUAGCUACUGAAAAUUUCCAAUCUUUAAUGUUGGGGUUUGUUUGGUUAUUAUCAAGACCAAGUGCUUUUAAAUUAGUUCCUUUUUUCAUUAUUUCUAUAUUACAAUUGAGUUCUCAAUAUAAUGUAUCUGCUGUUUUGAAAAAUCAAAAUUCCCUUGUUGAUAUCAUUACAAUUUCAGAAGUUGCUGUUUUUGUUGCUAUCUUGUUUGAUACUUUAAUCUUUAGAGGUACUUCUGGUUAUGCUUUAGUUAUUUAUUUAGGAUUUUAUUGGUUAAGAAUUAAUUUCUCACCAUAUACUCAAGCCUUCUUAUUAAAACUUAUUAGAACAAUUGAUGAAAAAAUCAUUGCUAAACAAAAACCUGAAGUUCAAGAAAAAUGGCAAAAAAUUAAAGAUUUCGUUGAAUUUAGAAGACAACAAACAAGAAAGGCAAUUUCAAAAGGUCUUGAUCGUGAACCUGCCGUUAAAGCUUCUAAUAGAAAUCCAGAUGCAAAUAAACCAGUUGGAAAAUCUGAAAAUUAUCAAUUAAAAGGUCAAUCUGUUCCUGAUUCUUCAGAAACUAAAAAAUUAGCUACUGAAGGUGUUAAAGUUCCAACUGUUGAAUCUCAAGUUGAAAAGACAAAUUUCCUUGAAAAGGCUGAUAAAGGUGAAGCUCCAAUUAAAGUUCAAGAUCCUCAAAAGGCAUAUGAUGAAAAUUUUAAAGCUGGUGUUCUUGCUUCAACUUCUGCUGCUGGUACUGGUUUUGCAGCCGGUGCUGCAAGUGAAGGUGCUAAAGCUGGUAGAAAACAAAAUGAACAUCCAACUUCUAAAGUUCCAGCUCAAGAACAACCAAGAGAUCAUUUAUCUGCUCCUCAAGGUUUCGCUACUGGUUCAUCUGCUGCUUCUACUCGUUCUUCAAGUUCUUAUGGUGGUUCUGCUACUCGUGUUCCUCCACCACAACAACAGCAACAAGUUCCACAAGGUCAACAACAACAACAGUUUCAACAACAACCAGUUCAACCAGUUUCUAAUGCUGGUCAAGGUGGUGUAGGUCCAAGUGCUUAUGGUGCUCAACAAGUUCCAGGUCAAGGUCAAGGUCAAUACAAUUCAAAUCCAAAUGUUGCCCCAGCAAGUGGUAGAAUUCAACCAGGUUCAGCAGCUUCACCAGUUCAAAGACAACAAGGAUUCCAACAAUCACCAUUACAACAACAACAAGGUUUUGCUAACCAAUCAUCCCCAUCCCCAGCUCAAAGAAAAUUACAACAACAACAACAACAACAAUUUUCUACAGAUCAAGCUAAAUUAAACUUACAACAAAGAGCUCAACAAGUUGAAAGACAUGCACAACAAGCUCGUUCUAAUUUAACUGAAAUUCAAAGAAGAACUCAAGCUGGUAUUGCAACUUCUCAAGGUCAUGGACAUUCUUCAGGUCAAGCGUUUCCUGCAAAUCAACAAUAG